UUUGUCGAUGUUGCCUCGUUUCGUGUAUGUCGCCAUUUUGUUGGUCCGUGGUUUUAUUGAGUGGUGAAAAAGAAGUUACUUUAUUUAAUUAAACCCAGCGUUUUAUGUAUAUCGUCUAAAAUGUCUAAACGACGAAUUGAAGUCAUGGACCCCUUCAUUAAGAAGAAAAGAGAGGAAAAGGCUGCCGCAGCGGCCGCUAAAGGGGAGAAGGGGGAGAGUUCAGACAGUGCGGCUACUCUGGGCUCCGCCAUGCCGCCUACUGCCACCAGCACGCCAGGAGUCAAUCCGCUUACAGGUCUCCCCCACUCGCAGCGCUACCACGAGCUCCUCCGGCGCCGCCUCGGCCUCCCCGUGUGGGAGUACAAGAACGACUUCAUGAGACUCCUCAACACGCACCAGUGUGUUGUGCUCGUCGGCGAAACCGGCUCUGGCAAGACCACGCAAAUACCGCAGUGGAGCGUUGAAUUUGCUGCUGUCACUGCUGGGAAAUCUAAAGGAGUCGCUUGUACGCAACCAAGGAGAGUAGCCGCUAUGUCUGUAGCUCAGCGAGUUGCUGAGGAAAUGGAUGUAGUACUCGGCCAGCAAGUCGGUUACAGCAUCCGUUUUGAAGACUGCUCUGGACCACACACCUUACUCAAAUACAUGACAGAUGGUAUGUUGCUACGAGAAGCCAUGUCUGACCCUAUGCUAGACCAGUACAGAGUGAUUCUACUUGACGAAGCCCAUGAAAGGACACUAGCUACAGAUAUUUUGAUGGGAGUUCUAAAAGAGGUUAUCAAGCAGCGCCCAGAUUUGAAACUAGUUAUUAUGUCUGCCACGUUAGAUGCUGGUAAAUUCCAGCAGUAUUUCGAUAAUGCUCCGCUCAUGAACGUACCAGGUCGUACUCAUCCAGUAGAAAUAUUCUACACACCGCAGCCUGAACGAGACUAUCUAGAAGCGGCCAUUCGUACUGUAGUCCAAAUUCAUAUAUGUGAAGAAAUUGCUGGCGAUAUACUUCUAUUCCUAACUGGCCAAGAAGAAAUAGAAGACGCAUGUAAGAGAAUUAAAAGAGAAAUAGACAAUUUAGGACCAGAUGCUGGAGAGUUAAAGUGUAUACCGCUAUAUUCAACCUUGCCACCGAAUCUCCAGCAACGGAUCUUCGAACCAGCACCACCAAACAGGUCAAAUGGAGCAAUAGGAAGGAAGGUGGUGGUGUCAACCAAUAUUGCUGAGACUUCUCUGACCAUUGACGGGGUAGUGUUCGUGAUUGAUCCAGGAUUCGCGAAACAGAAGGUGUAUAAUCCUCGUAUCAGAGUGGAAUCGCUUUUGGUGUCUCCAAUUAGUAAGGCGUCGGCGCAGCAGCGCGCCGGGCGCGCGGGCCGCACGCGGCCGGGCAAGUGCUUCCGGCUGUACACGGAGAAGGCCUACAAGAACGAGAUGCAGGACAACACCUACCCCGAGAUCUUGAGAUCGAACUUAGGGUCUGUAGUUUUGCAGUUGAAAAAGCUGGGCAUAGACGACCUGGUGCAUUUUGACUUCAUGGACCCACCGGCCCCGGAGACCCUUAUGAGAGCAUUGGAGCUUCUCAACUAUCUGGCUGCCUUGGACGAUGAUGGAAACCUGACAGACCUCGGCGCGGUGAUGGCGGAGUUCCCGCUCGACCCUCAACUGGCUAAAAUGCUGAUCGCCAGCUGUAACCACAACUGCUCCAACGAGAUACUCUCCAUCACAGCCAUGCUGUCUGUGCCGCAGUGCUUCGUGCGGCCGAACGAGGCGCGCAAGGCGGCGGACGAGGCCAAGAUGCGCUUCGCGCACAUCGACGGCGACCACCUCACGCUGCUCAACGUCUACCACGCCUUCAAACAGAACAUGGAAGAUCCGCACUGGUGUUAUGACAACUUCAUCAACUACCGCUCGCUGAAAUCAGGAGACAACGUACGCCAACAACUUUCAAGAAUUAUGGACAGGUUUAAUUUGAAGCGGACAAGCACAGAGUUCACAAGCAAAGAUUACUAUAUUAACAUAAGAAAAGCGCUCGUCAAUGGAUUUUUCAUGCAGGUGGCGCACUUAGAGCGCACCGGGCACUACCUCACCGUGAAGGACAACCAGAUCGUGCAGCUGCACCCCUCCACGUGCCUCGACCACAAGCCCGACUGGGUCAUCUACAACGAGUUCGUGCUCACCACCAAGAACUACAUCAGGACAGUCACCGAUAUCAAGCGUGAGUACUGACAGUACAGAGUGAAGUACAACAGAUCAUGCAGCUGCACCCCUCCACGUGCCUCGACCACAAGCCCGACUGGGUCAUCUACAACGAGUUCGUGCUCACCACCAAGAACUACAUCAGGACAGUCACCGAUAUCAAGCGUGAGUACUGACAGUACAGAGUGAAGUACAACAGAUCAUGCAGCUGCACCCCUCCACGUGCCUCGACCACAAGCCCGACUGGGUCAUCUACAACGAGUUCGUGCUCACCACCAAGAACUACAUCAGGACAGUCACCGAUAUCAAGCGUGAGUACUGACAGUACAGAGUGAAGUACAACAGAUCAUGCAGCUGCACCCCUCCACGUGCCUCGACCACAAGCCCGACUGGGUCAUCUACAACGAGUUCGUGCUCACCACCAAGAACUACAUCAGGACAGUCACCGAUAUCAAGCGUGAGUACUGACAGUACAGAGUGAAGUACAACAGAUCAUGCAGCUGCACCCCUCCACGUGCCUCGACCACAAGCCCGACUGGGUCAUCUACAACGAGUUCGUGCUCACCACCAAGAACUACAUCAGGACAGUCACCGAUAUCAAGCGUGAGUACUGACAGUACAGAGUGAAGGACAACGGAUCGUGCAGCUGCACCCCUCCACGUGCCUCGACCACAAGCCCGACUGGGUCAUCUACAACGAGUUCGUGCUCACCACCAAGAACUACAUCAGGACAGUCACCGAUAUCAAGCGUGAGUACUGACAGUACAGAGUGAAGUACAACAGAUCAUGCAGCUGCACCCCUCCACGUGCCUCGACCACAAGCCCGACUGGGUCAUCUACAACGAGUUCGUGCUCACCACCAAGAACUACAUCAGGACAGUCACCGAUAUCAAGCGUGAGUACUGACAGUACAGAGUGAAGGACAACAGAUCGUGCAGCUGCACCCCUCCACGUGCCUCGACCACAAGCCCGACUGGGUCAUCUACAACGAGUUCGUGCUCACCACCAAGAACUACAUCAGGACAGUCACCGAUAUCAAGCGUGAGUACUGACAGUACAGAGUGAAGGACAACAGAUCGUGCAGCUGCACCCCUCCACGUGCCUCGACCACAAGCCCGACUGGGUCAUCUACAACGAGUUCGUGCUCACCACCAAGAACUACAUCAGGACAGUCACCGAUAUCAAGCGUGAGUACUGACAGUACAGAGUGAAGUACAACAGAUCAUGCAGCUGCACCCCUCCACGUGCCUCGACCACAAGCCCGACUGGGUCAUCUACAACGAGUUCGUGCUCACCACCAAGAACUACAUCAGGACAGUCACCGAUAUCAAGCGUGAGUACUGACAGUACAGAGUGAAGUACAACAGAUCAUGCAGCUGCACCCCUCCACGUGCCUCGACCACAAGCCCGACUGGGUCAUCUACAACGAGUUCGUGCUCACCACCAAGAACUACAUCAGGACAGUCACCGAUAUCAAGCGUGAGUACUGACAGUACAGAGUGAAGGACAACGGAUCGUGCAGCUGCACCCCUCCACGUGCCUCGACCACAAGCCCGACUGGGUCAUCUACAACGAGUUCGUGCUCACCACCAAGAACUACAUCAGGACAGUCACCGAUAUCAAGCGUGAGUACUGACAGUACAGAGUGAAGUACAACAGAUCAUGCAGCUGCACCCCUCCACGUGCCUCGACCACAAGCCCGACUGGGUCAUCUACAACGAGUUCGUGCUCACCACCAAGAACUACAUCAGGACAGUCACCGAUAUCAAGCCCGAAUGGCUGCUAAAGAUAGCCCCCCAGUACUACGAGCUGAACAACUUCCCCGUGUGCGAGGCGCGCCGCCAGCUGGAGCUGCUGCAGGCGCGGCUCGACUCCAAGCCCUUCCAGGAGGGCUUCUAGGCGCGCGGGACUACACCUGGAUACACUGACACUGCGAGUGGCCCCAGAUGCCUUUGACUGUUUUUCAAUGGAAUAUGUAACCUGGUUGGUGCCCUGCCUGGAGUAGUGCUCCUGGAUUCUAAUCCUAUUAAAUUAUCUAAUUAAAUUAAUUUCACUGUCUAACUCGGGCACUCGAUUACAUAGUAGUAAUAUGAGUUUUCAUUGAAAUACCAAGAUUUUUAUGAAUCGGAUACAGUAGAAUCCGGAUAUAACGACCUUCAAGGGACCGGCGAUAUUAUGUCGUACUAACCGGAUGACGUAUAAAACGGAUAUUUACAUAUGUAUUGUAAUUAUGUAUUGGACCGAACUUGAGUAAAUAAUAUCGACGCUAAAAACGGUUAGUCGUUAAAAGCGACAUCGUUAUAAAUGAAUUCUACUGUACUUUGUUUUGAUUUUAAACCAUCUGGAACUUCGAACGACACCGGCUUCCGACACGUCGGAAGGGAGGAGCCCGAGCGAUACUUUAACGUACAAAUCGUUUGACAGUUUCACUUAUUAGUCUCAUCACAUAUAAAAUCCAAUCUGCAAUGGCGACACAAAUACAUAGAAAAUGACACACGUCAAAGACAAAUCUUGCACACCUCGAUCUCUUGUGUACGGACGAGUCAACACGCCCCGCGCUAUGUCCAGUUGGGCAUGCGCUAGCGCAGAGGGGAAAUACUGCGAAUGCCGACUCCCUUCCCAGUGUUGCUCGAGGAUCUGGAAACGUACUCUGAAACUUUAGGUAUUUAAAUAAAAGUAAAGAUUUACGAGUAAAUAUAAUAUUUAUUGGUUAACCAACAAAAGACAAAACCGCCUGGAUCUGUCACUGAGCGACCUGAAUUUAACCUACAUUAUUUGAUCAUGUAAUGUUUUCAUCUACCCUCAACUGGCUUAAGGCGACUUUUGAGGGUAGAUUUUGUUUACUUUUAUUUAACCUUUUGAACGCCACGCGGCGUGUAAUCGUGAACCUUGUCGGUACGCAUGAAGGUUGAUAUUGGGCUGUAGCCGCGCGCGUCAUAUGACGACUUUGACGGUCAAAAGGUUAAAUACCUAAAGAUACAGAGUAUACAUUGAGCAACAGUACUUUGUUUUUUAAACAAUAAUACCCCUUGAAUGAUUAUCAAAAUUAACAUAAGUCAGAGACUAGAUUCCAAAAAGAAUUAAAAACUUAAGCUAGCACAUAUGCAAUUUUUUAUAAUGUGAACACCAUCAACAAUAAAUAAUUUUGUCAUGAAUUCAAUUUAUAAGACUUAUUUGACAAGUAAAUAGUAAAAUAAUAUACAAUGAAUAAUGCAUAUAAUGUGUCUUUUAAACUAUGAUAAAUGUUUUCGUCAUAAAUCUAAAAAUAAUAUUAUGUUGAAAAUAUAUUGUAAUUCUCGCCCAGUGGGUAUAAAAUAUACAUAUUGGAAAGUCUCGUGUUUCUGUAGAUAUUCUGUGUGUGAAUUUAGUUAUGAGGCAAUAUUUUUAUUCGAUAUUUCGUUGUAAAUUGGUCGUAACGCGUUUAAAAAUGCCACAAUAUUUUUUUGAAAGCCUUUUAACGCAUAAAUUUAAAAAAAGCUUCGUAAGUUGCGUUCAUGGCGCUAAGCGAAGUAACUUUCAUUCUCCCAACUAAAGUUUUGCUAGCUUGUGAUGAUGGCGUGUGAUUGUGAGAGUCAGAAUGGCGGGUGUACCUAAAUAAAUAAAUAUAAAGCUUACUAUAUUUUUGUACUAUUUAGUACCUCCAUUAAAAAAAUUAUACCUCAAGGUACUUAACCUUUUGACCGCCAAAUACGUCAUAUGACGCGCGCGGCUACUGCCCAAUAUCAACCUUCAUACGUACCGACAAGGCGCCGGUAUCACGAUUAGGCGCCGCGUGCGGUAGGCGUGGCGUUCAAAAGGUUAAAGUUGUCACCUAAAAACAGUACAUAAUUUCUGAGUUAUUUGAACUGAUCAGAUUAAACGUGAAGGGUAAUAAUUCCUGGCGUAAUAAAAAUAAUUGUACCGUAGCGUUUAUUCUUUAAACUGAAAUCGAUAAGGUCAAAAAUUAUAACGCCUGCAAAAGUGUAAUAGCAAGCAAAAUGUAAAAUGAGUAAAACUUGGAAACCACAAAUAAAAUGGCUCCUAUUAUAAUUGAAUAUGAAGCUACAAAAAAGGAAAGAAAAUGGUUUUUAUAGAAUUUAUCUAAAAUCGCGGGAUCAUAGCGUAAUAAAGUACACCCGCCAUUCUGACUGGCGGGUGUAGGUACUGUUUUUUUAUGAUAAAUUUAAGUACCGUGAGGUACAUUUUUUUUAAAUAGAAGUACUAAAUAGUACAAAUUAGGUACAAAAAUAUGGUAAAAUUUUUCUUUUAUUUAGAUACACCCGCCAUUCUGACUCAACGUGUGAGUCAUAGUUUUGGAUACGAGAAAUGGGGUUUAAUAUGAAAACUUACUUUAAAUAUGUAUAAACAUAGUUAAAUGACCACUCGUGAUGUUUUUCGUGUAUAGCACGCUAGUAGUCGCGUUGGAUAUUUGUCAGCUAUGCAUAUGAAGUCUCCAAACCGCACUGGGUGUACGUGGAGUCCUGUGUCUUAGUAAGUUGUGUAACUAUUAAUGUUAUUAUUGUGAUCAUUUUAUUAUUGUUAACAGCCCACAGCGGCGCACGGCUAAUUAAAUAAAUUGGAAUGGGACGGGUAAUUAAAUGGGAUCUCCCCAUAACGGCACAUUAUAUAAACCCUCAUGUUUUAUACAUGCAUGUGUUACAAAAAGACAGAUGAUAUGUUAACCUUUUCAGAUGAUAUGUUAACCUUUUCAGAUGAUAUGUUAACCUUUUCGUCGCCACAGUGUCAUCAACGCCACCUCAAAAUUUGCACGUAUACAAACCUGACCAAAACCACGACUUGAUAUGAAGGUUGUCGUUGAGAUUCAAGAUGGCGAAGACGUCACGAGAAUAUUUUUUUGUGUUUUGCUCAUUCAUGUUGUUCAAAGUGUAGUAUCGAUAGCUUAUUAUGCAGAGAACUAUCGUGGAAGUGCAGUUAAUGAAAAACUAAUCUUGAAACGCGUUUAACCAUGUUUUAAUCAACAUCCGGCAAUCCAUCGUGGCUUUUAGUAAAGUCCAGCUAUCUCUUUACUAAAAGCAACUACCGAACAACGUCAUGCUCUACGAGCACACUUAAAACUUACAACGAAACUUGACAUUGGCAAAAUCAUCAUAGAUUUGAUGGAAGCCAUAUUUUAAAAGAAGAAGAAGACUUGAUAUGAAGUCGUGGCGUGGGUAAGAAAUGUACCGACUUUAUAUCAAGUCAAUGGCGUCGAAAAGGUUUAACCUUACGGUCCCUCUACACGAUGGCCCAGCGCAGGCCAGUCCAAGGGAUACAUUUAUCCGUUAGAGGGAGUAAGUGAUAUUGCUAUCUCAUUCCACUGCAUAGCUGCGUCCCUUAGACUGACCUACGCUGGCCCAUCGUGUAGAGGAGCCCUUACGAACGCUUUCUCUCAUAAUUUGGCAUACACGCAAACAUCUCAACUAGUGAGAAAUGAAUUUAAACCUUAUCUGUCAACAGUAAAAUUGCUUUGACAGAGUCUGCCAUGACCCCGUUAGUGGUCGUUGGCGUGGUAGGCAACAGCACACGACCACUUUAGUGGCUCUUGGCGUUCAAAGGGUUAAAAAUGCGGUUACGGCGUAUUCUCGUGAAAAUAUUACUUUCGUGAGAAGUAGAACCAUAAAAUUUUAUGUUUUUAUAAAAAUAACCGUUAUGCCAAGUCCUUAGAAAUAUAAAGCAUAGACUUUUGGGUCCCUGAAAGUCAAAACCAUUUAUAAUCUGUGGGUUUUAACCUUAUUUUGUGUACCUAGGUUGGUUUAGUGUCUGUUAUUUCAUUCCUAUUUCUAUAUAGUUGUCAAAUAUCUGACGCUGGCUCUGUAUUAUGUGGUAUAAAAGCUGUAUUUAGGGCGGAUGUGUGGGCGAUCAAAAUAUACGUUAUAUGUAAGGUA